AAUUGUAACUUGCCCGAGUAAAGGGAUUUCCCAACAACGUAAUCGGAAAAGAAAGGAUGAGAAAACGCCAUUUUGGUGGACCUCCGCUAAAUCGAAGCGCCGCUAAUCAAGACACGGCGAAAUGGAAAGGAAAUGGCGGCCGGUUUUUCUGCAUUUAAUAACAUGCUUACGUAAUGGUUAGGGCAGCGUUUUACUCAACCGUAUGCAGUAGAACCGUACCGGUAUCCUCGGUCUACGGUGCUUUUCUUGUGCUGCCGACUUUGCCCCUCCUAGCGUAGCGACGCCGUAGGCACGGAUCUCCGAAAUGGGCGUGUCCUAUCUACCUACACAUCAUAUCUGUGCCAUUCUUUGACCUUCGUCGCCCGUCCAACCAGCUGCGUGGUGACUGCUUGACCCCGGCCGCUGUUUACACGUUAGCGUCCCGCCAUGUCUCACCAACGGUGCCGGCGAACGCCCGUGUCCGACACCGACCUCCGACCCGGUCUCGGCCCCCGCGGCCUUUCGGAGCGCCGCGGCUUCUACGGGUCCAGAUCGGUGUCUGGAAUGUCGUCCUCUCCCCUUGGCUCUGGCGCGACGGACAACGCGCUGAGCAUCUUAAGCAGCUGCGGUCUGGAGCCCGCCGACUUGGCGCUCCUCGCCGAGCUUCCCGAGGACGCCCUCACCGAGGAGUCGCUGCCGCACCUGGUCCGUCAGAUUAAAUCCAAUAGAGGAGCGCUUAAACCUCCCAGCUCGCCAAAGCCUCCCGCCGGCCGCCGGCAUCAGUACCCCGCUCGGUCGGUUCAGUACCCGCUCGACCACACAAAGCCCACACCUCUUCCCGCAGGGCCGGCUCACGACCGGAAAGAUCGUUGGCAACAUUCCAGGAGCCGUGCUUCUGUCUCCCAAACCCGUGCCACCAGGAGAGACCCCCCAUCGCGGUCGUCGUCAUCCAGAUACUCUGUGUACGCCAGGCCUGUCUUCUCUGGGCAGGACCGUAGACCUGGGAGAGCAGCAGCAACUAUUCCUUCCCUCUUUUCCCCGCCCGGCCUGGCCGACAGGUCCUUUGCGCCUGCGGCAGAGAGCCGACGGAGAUCCGAGUCGGAACGAGGUCAGCCCGACGCCUCUGCCGGCCAGACUCUCAGCCAACCUGCCGGCGCCACAGCGCCGUCCGAACGGGAAGUGCACGAUUUCCACGGCACAGAACCUCGGACGUACCCGACCUCGUGUUCUCUGUGUAAUGCCUGUGUAAUUUCAGCGAAGAACUGGACGGAACACAUCAACGGCGCCCGGCAUGCCGACGGACAACUUGGCCUGCUGCAGCGCUUUCCCGCCUGGGACUGCCGCAAGGAGAGCCUCAACAGAACUAACCGGCAGUCAGAGAAGAGGAGGGAAGACCGACGCACUCUGCGGUCACCGCAGUCGACCAGUGGGAGCAGGAAGUCGCAGGUUGGUAAGAGCGCGGAGAAGAAGGUUGCUCAGAGAAGCGAAGUGGUGUGUGUCAAGUUCCCCGCUCGGUCGGUGGACGAGUCGUACCUGCGGAAACUGGCAGACCCCUUCGGAACCGUCUCCGGGAUCCUCACCUUUCCAUCGCUAAGCUCUUGCGUGAUCAGCUUCACGCCGCCUGCGCAAUCAGACGACGACAAGUCCGACCUGCUCAAUGUUGUCAAACGCUUUGGUCUGCCUGUGUACACACUUUUCCAAAAGUCCAAGGCAUACGUAGAGAUGGGAAAUCUGGAAGAUGCUAAAAAGUUGGUUGAUUAUUAUUCCUCCAACAUCCUGAGGAUCAACGACAAAGUCCUCCUGGUUUCCUUUGCUCCAGAAACCUCUAGUCUCGGAACCUGUGCAUUAGCUCAACGCUACCAAGAAGAAUCACUCAAGAGGAUGAGCAGCAGGGAUGAUGAUCACACACCAAACGAGUCCAAGAAGAGGAGGGGAGAAGACCAUAGGUCCAAGUUCCAAGACAGGAAGUCCAAGUCCAAGUCCAGGUCCAGAGACAGGAAGGCCACUUCUAAUUCCCGAGAAAGGAUGACUAGGUCUAAGUCCAGAGACAGGAAGGCAAAGUCUAAUUCCCGAGAAAAGAAGACGCGGUGCAAGUCCCGAGACAAAAGGGCAAGGUCCAAUUCCAGAGACAGGAAGGCAAGGUCCCGGUCCCGGUCCCGAGAGAAAUCUAGCAGUUCCAGUGCCAAGAUGCCAGAAGCAGAGAAGCCCGAGACGACCGGAUCCAGUUGCGGUUCUGCUGGGGCGCCACUGAAACCCUCAGAAGUUGACGGUGUUGACCGAGAACAGAGCUACAUGGACGCGGCGGACUCCAAGGAAGACGACAGCGACAUCGAGGGAAUGGAGGUGCUGGGCGAGGACGGCGAGGACAAUUUGGAAACUCCGGAGGAAGCCUCACCUAAACCACGAGGUGAAGAAAAGGAGGAAGACUGCGAGGCCGAUGGUGGUGGCAAGUGUGACAAAGAACGACAUUGCACCCGCAGCCAAGCAGAGGAAGCGGAGAAUUUCAUCAUGCUGGAUGAAGUGGGACAGGAGCAGAGCAGUGAUGAAGGUGAAAACUACAAUGAAGACGACCGGCAUCUGUCUCGAGUUGUGUACUUCAAAGACCUUCCGCUGUCCUACUGCAAUGGCGCAGACUUCGUCAAGCUGACCGAAGGCCUCGGGAGGCCGGUGCGCUACCAUCUGCUGCGCGGCCUACAGAAGGGUUUCCUGGAGAUGUCACGCUGCUCGGAGGCCAUAAGAGUCAUCAAUCACCUCAACGUUUACUUCAAGAACACACAAACCGCCGUGCUGAUCUCCAACAAAUAUCGACGCCUCGUCAACGGCUGCGCGGUUCACUUGGACGAACGUGAGACAGAAGAGCGCCAAAGUGGAAGGAGCUCGCGGAGCAACCGGCAUGACGAAUCCAGGAUUGAAGAAAAAGACCAGUCCAAAACUGGAAGGAAGGAUUCAUCCAGAUCAGCCCAGGAGAAAGAAGAAAGCGCUCCAAAGACUCCAGAAAGAGAAGAUUCAAUCAAAAAGACACAGGAUAAGAAAUCCACAUCCAGGAACUCUUCAGAUAUUUUGUCAGUGUCCAAGUCGAACUGUAGGAAGACUCAGGACAUUGAAUCAAAAUCCAGAAAGAAUCCCGAGAUCAAAUCUGAUAAGACUUUGGACAUCAGGUCAGAAGGCAGGAACACUUCAGUGAGUAAGCCAGAGGGCGAGAAGGCUCUGGAAAUCAAGUCAGACAAUGAAAAGACAGUUGAGAAUAAACAGGAAGGUGGGAAGACGCUACAGACAGUAUCAGAAAGUGGGAAUACUCUUGAGAAUAAACCAGAAGGUGGGAAGACUCCUGAGAUCAAGUUAGAGUCUGAUACGACUUUGGACAUGAGGUCAGAAGGCAGGAAGACUGCACAGAGUAAGUCAAAGGGCAGGAAGGCUCUGGAUAUCAAGUCAGAUAAUGAAAAGAAGCUUGAGAACAAACUAGAGGGUAGGAAGACCCCAGAGACCGCUUCAGAAGGGGGGAACAAUCGCAAUGUCAAAUCAAAAGACAUGAAGACUGCAGAGAACAAAUCCGAUGGUGGGAAGACUCUUGACAAUAAACCAGAAGGUGAGAAGACCCCAGAGAUUGAAUCAAAAUCCAUAAAGACUCCUGAGAUCAAACUUAAGUCUGAGAAGACUUUGGACAUGAGGGCAGAAGGCAGAAAGACUGCACAGAGAAAGUCAGAGAGCGGGAACGCUCUGGAUAUCAAGUCAGACGAUGAAAAGACGCUUGAGAAUAAACUAGAGGGUGGGAAGACUGCAGAGAUCGCUUCAGGUGGUGGGAACACUCACAAAGUGAAAUUAAAAGACAGGAAGACUCCAGAUAAUAAAUCAGAAUGUGGGAAGAUUCUGAAGAUCGAGUCAAGCAAUGGGACGACUCUGGAAGCAGCAUCGGAAGGACGAAAGACUUUGGAGGAUAAGUCAGAAGGCAGGAAGACUCUGGAGACAGUAUCAGAAAGUGGUAAGACUGAAUCGGAAGGUAGCGACACUUUGGAAAAUGAGUCAGAGGCCAGCAAGACUAGGCAGAGUGAGUCAGAAGACAGGAAGACUCUACAGAAGGAGUCAGAAGCCACAAAGGCUCUCGAAAGUGAGUCCGAAGGCAGGAGCUCUCAGAAGAAAGAGUCAAAAUCUAAAGAGACUUGUAAGGUCAAGUCAGAGGCCGGAAAGACUGUCAAGACACAAGAGAAAUGUGGGGAGAAUCUAGAGAGAGAAGGCGUUUCUUCAAAGGUGUCAGAGGAAACGUCCAGCAAAGAUCCCGAAAGAACCGACUCCAGGCAGGAAGACGAAUUCUGUGAGCCACUGAAGAGAAGAGCAUCUCCUGAGCACACCUCUGUGCCUGGAAAGAUCCGGAAGGAAGAGCAGAGAGGUGAACGGUCCAAUGAGAGUGAGAAGAAUCAGGCGAGUCUGUUUGUUGUGGUCUUUUUUGGUGGCAUCGAUGCAUUUUGACCGUGGUGUUUGCAGGAAGCGGAUGGAACUUCAGGGACCCCCACGACACCCCUCCAGCCCAUCGGAACAGAGUUUGUGCGUCCAAUCGUUGGCUACUUCUGCAACUUAUGUCAGCUGAUCUACGCUGACGAGGACGAAGCCAAAGUGCAGCACUGCAGCAGCCGCCAGCACCACUUCAAGUUUCAGGUGAGCGUGUAGAACAAAGAUCAGGUCAAAUUGAGAUUGGUUGCUGCACUUCAUUUCAUUUCAGGAGAAGAUGAAAAUGGCGACCUGAGAGAAUGCAUUCGUCACGUUGUCAACUUUUGACUUUACCAAUAAAUUGAUGUGACUUCAAGAAA